UUUUUCUUUCUCAAUCACAUUCACACCCUUCUACACUGAUUUUUCACCUUACUUCUCUCACUUUUAAGCUCAACCAUUGAUCCAAAACAUUAUGCUAUUAAACAUACAAGUUUAUCUCAAAUCAAUGUACCUUCCAUCUUUAUAUUAUGGACUAUCCUAUUUGAUAAAUCUUUGAUUCUUUCUCACAUCCACAAGACAAACAUUUCAAUGAGAACAUCAAAAUUUGCAUGUCUUCUAAUUGUUUCUGUUUGUUUGCUAUUAUUUGCAACAGUUUCAAGAUUGAAUAUUCCUAAUGUUUCUUAUUAUGCCACAGUCACAAAUUUACAAAAACAAUACAAUGAUCCUAAGAAAGUUCUUGUAUCAAAAGGAAAAGGGUACCCUCCAGUGUUUGCAUAUUGGAUUUUCGGCACGAAAGGAGAGAGUAAGAAGAUGAUGAGAUUGUUGAAAGCAAUAUAUCAUCCAAGAAAUCAACACCUACUUCAACUCGAUGAUUGUUCAUCGGACUCAGAAAGAAUGGAUUUAGCUCUUUAUAUUAAAUCUCAUAUGGUUUUUGAAGAAUUUGGAAAUGUGAAUGUUGUUGGAAAGAGUUAUGCUAUCAAUAAGAUGGGAUCUUCUUCACUUUCUGCUUCUUUACAUGCUGCUUCCUUACUUCUUAAAGUGAACUCAGAUUGGGAUUGGUUCUUCACAUUAAGUGCUUCUGAUUAUCCUCUCAUGACUCAAGAUGAUAUCCUUCAUGCUUUCACAUCCCUACCAAAAAAUCUCAACUUUAUUCAUUACACUAACAAGACACUACGUAACGAGCAACGAAACAUGAAUCAAAUAGUGGUAGACCCAAGCUUACAUGAAGAAAAGAGUAGUUCACUUUACUUUGCUGUUGAGGCCAGAGAUACUCCUGAUGCUUUUAAGAUAUUUCGAGGUUCUCCUUGGAUGAUUCUUACAAGAUCAUUUAUGGAGUAUUGUGUAAAUGGAUGGGACAAUUUACCAAGAAAGCUACUAAUGUUUUUCAGCAAUGUAGCUUAUCCUAUGGAAACUUAUUUCCACACAGUCCUAUGUAACUCCCAUGAGUUCAAAAACACCACAGUGGACAAUAAUCUAAUUUUUAGUUUUUUUGACAUUGAUCCAUCAGAAUAUCAAUUACUUGAUAUGUCACACUAUGAUACAAUGAUGGAAACUGGUGCUGUAUUUGCACGUCCAUUUGGUGAAGGUGAUCUUGUUCUAGAGAAAAUUGAUGAUUUGGUUCUUAAUAGAACUUUAAAUGGAUUUGUUCAAGGAGAAUGGUGUUCAAGUUCAAAUUUAGAGAUAAAUAAAACUACAAAUUUAGUAUCUGGUAACAUUGAUGUUGUAAAGCCAGGAAUGUUUGGCAUCAAACUUAGAACUCUAUUAGGUGAAAUUGUCAAUAGUGGGAGAUAUAGAGAUUGUCAAUGUCAAUUGCAAUUAGUGUGACAAAAAAUGUCAAUGUUGCUAGAAUCACUUUUGAUGGUGAAUUCAUUUUUAACCAAUUUUAACUAAUUGGGCUAUUUAGGUUUGCAAUUUGUUCAUUCAAAAGUAAAUUUGCUCAUUUUGGUUC